AUGUAAAAACCUACUCAUUAUACAUAUUCUUAAUCAUGUUGGAUAGUAUUUUAUCCAUAUGCUAUAAUUACUGCAUUAUGGUAUUAUUAAUAAUAUAUUUAGGAUACCAUUAACACUCUUUGUAGAAUAAUACAUCAAAAAUGUAUUGAUGGUAACAUUUGUAGUUGAUUUAAUUGCUACUUCUAUUGUUUUUAUUCAAUCAUACAGAUAUAAGUAAAUGUUAUUUCAAUUAUUAGUAAUACAUCUAUUUAUGAUUUCUAUUGGUAAAUUCCAGGAUUUUAUUUAAUUAUUUAUUGGGUAUUUAGAACUCCAUACCAACCCAAUAUAUGGGUAAUUAUUGUGCCAUUUGCCUAUUUUAUUAGACAUAAUUAUAAUUUUUUAUCAUUUUGGCCAGGAUUAACAUAUGAAGAUUUUAGGUAUCCAGUAUUUAGAAAAAAAUUAAACAAUGAAUUUAUAUAUUGGGUAUUCAGUUACUUAGGAUUACAUGUGGGACCUACAUUAAUGGUCUAUUUUGGCUUAUAUCCAACUUAUUAUGCCUUAUUUGAUAGUGAUCAGGAUUAUAAUCCAUUUGUCUUUUAUUUUGGAGUCAUAUUUGCAUUUUCAGCUUUAACAAUAGAGACUAUUGCAGAUUUAUAAUUAUUUCCAUGGAGAUCUAGAAAGACAGAAGAAUUUAUUGAUGAAGGUUUAUGGAAAUAUUCAAGACAUCCUAAUUAUUUCGGUGAAUGUAUGUUUUGGUGGGGUUUAUAUAUUAUGACAUUAUCAUUUGGCUUUGAAUAUUGGUUUACAAUAAUAGGAGCUGUCAUAAUGCAAUCUUUAUUUUUAUUUUAUUCAAUUCCAGAAAUGGAAAAACACAUUUUAAGAAAGAGACCUAAAUAUUAUAUUUAAUAAAAAAGAGUAAGUGCAUUCAUUCCUUGGUUCAGAAAUGAAAACAUUAAAUGA